AUGCGCGUGGGUUUCAUCGGGUACGGGAACAUGGCGGACGCGCUGGCGAGCGGAUUCGUCGGCGCGAACGUGGUCAAGUUUGCCGAUUUGACGAUGUGUAAUAAAUCCAACGUCGAGCGACGCGAGAGCUUCAGGGCGAGGGGAGGGACGGUGGUGGAGACCGCGAGAGACGUGACGGAGAAGAGUGAUGUCAUCUUUUUGGCCGUCAAACCGCCGUACAUCAAGAGCGUGUUGGAUGAAGUGCGCAGAGAGAUCUCGGAGGAGGCGCUCGAGCCCAAGGUUUUCGUGAGCGUCGCCGCGGGGGUCACGCUCGAGGCGAUGGAGGGGGUGUGGACGACGCACGACCAGAAACCACCGGCCAUCGUGCGCGUGAUGCCGAACACGCCGUGCUUGGUCGGUGCCGCGGCGAGCGGAAUAUGCAAAGGGUCGACGUGCUCGGAGGAAAGCUUGCACCGAGCGCUCGCGCUCAUGUCCACCGUGGGCGUGUGCAAAGUGAUCAUGGAAUCGCAGAUGAGCGCUCUGACGGGCGUGAGCGGCUCCGGACCGGCGUAUGUGUUCGUGCUCAUCGAGGCCAUGGCGGACGGUGGCGUUCGAGCGGGACUUCCGAGAGACGUCGCGCUGGAACUCGCCGCGCAGACGUUUUACGGAGCGUCAAAAAUGGUGCUCGAAACGGGCGAGCAUCCGGGCGUGCUCAAGGACAAAGUGUGCUCUCCGGGCGGGACAACGAUCGCGGCGGUACACGCGCUCGAGCAGGCGGGCGUUCGAGCCGCCAUGAUGAAUGCGGUCCUGGCAGCGGCGAACCGAGGCGACGAAUUAGCCAAGAUGUAA